AUAGAAACAUAGAUGGCGACAACCUGUGAGUAAGUGAUUCAGUGAAAGUCACGUUUUUCAUGACCUCCUGAAAAAUCUCAACUAAUCCAUUAAAAUUUGCUAAUUAAUAGUCAAAAUUUGAUAAAUAAACCUCUCUAAACAACACUGUUUACAAUACUCAAAAUGGAUCAACAAAAUUUGACUUACCAAGACCUAAAAGCUUGCCGUAAUUCUUCUACCCUAAUUCCCAUGCUCAAGGAUAUGGAUACGCCAUCAACCCUUUACCAUGUUAGGGACAACAUCAAUGAAUUUUCUACAAGUGAAACAAACGUCAUUGUAUCGCCUCUUGAUAUUCCCAUAUUCACUGAAGAAUUUUUAGACCACAAUAAGGCUCGAGAAAGUGAAUUAAGACAAUUAAGGAAGGUAAAUACAGAUUACGAAGAGCAAAACGCCAUCCUCUCCAAACACAUAGAAAACAUGAAAGCAGCUAUUGAAAAAUUGGAGGUUGAAUCGGUGCAACGAAAAGCAACUAACAAAAGUUUAGAUGAACAUUUAACAAAGUUAAGGUCACUAAUUGUUGCACAAUUUUCCAAUUUUCCAAUCCCGGGCACAACGGAAACUGUAAAUCCUGAUAAUGUUGAACAUUAUUUACAAAAUCUUGCCGACAAAGUUACCAAAGACGUAAAAGUGAACAAAGAGUGUGAUGUUAUCGUGGAUAAAGUUAGGAAAAUAGUCACCCAAAUGGAUGCAACAUAAUUCAAUUCAAUUGUUCUCAUUUUUCAACACUUUCCAAGACAUCAAAGGAUCACAUCAACUUCAAAUGAUUCUUGUUUAUUUCUCAAUUUUGGUCUUUCCUGAGAGUACAUAUCGUUUUUGUAUUCACAAAUUUCCAAUCAACUCCCAGCUCAAAUCAUUUGACUGUAAAUAAUUUUCUCUCAUCCUUAUUAAAUAAUGCUCAAUUUAGUGAUUAAUUUGUCA